AUGGAGGACAAAGACGUUAUGAAAAUACUUAUAGCAACUGAUAAUCACCUUGGUUACAUGGAGAGAGAUCCCAUAAGGGGAAAUGACUCAUUAGAAACUUUCAAGGAGAUUUUGACAAUUGCCAAAGAUCAAAAUGUAGAUUUUAUUCUUCUAGGUGGUGAUCUUUUCCAUGAGAAUAAACCAUCAAGAUAUGUCAUUUAUAGAACUAUGGAAUUAUUGCGUCAAUUCUGUAUGGGGUCACGCCCCUGUCCUAUUGAAUUUCGCAGUGAUCCCUCCAUCAAUUUUAUAUCCAGGAUGCAUCCCUUUUAGUUUUCAACAGUGAAUUACGAAGAUCCUAAUUUUAAUGUCAGCAUACCAGUGUUUUCAAUUCAUGGUAACCAUGACGACCCUACUGGGGAUCAUGGGUUGAGCACAAUGGACUUGUUAAGUAUGGCGAAUGUAGUAAACUAUUUUGGUAAAGUGUCCGACGUUGAGAAAAUUACUCUGUCUCCUUUGUUACUACAAAAAGGUAAUACUAGACUGGCCUUAUAUGGACUUGGAAGUAUACGUGAUGAGAGAUUGAAUAGAACAUUUCGUCAUGGCAAUGUGAAAUUCCUACGACCCAAGAAAGAGAAAAGCUGGUUCAAUUUAUUUGUAGUACAUCAGAACAGAGCACAACAUUCUGCUAACAAUUACAUACCAGCUACAUUUUUCCCAUCUUUUCUUGAUCUUGUUAUAUGGGGUCAUGAACAUGAGGCUCACACAAAACCUGACUACCAGGCUUUGACGAGAUUCUACAUCUAUCAACCUGGUUCCUCUGUGGCUACUAGUUUAUGUGAAGGAGAAGUGGCAAAAAAACAUGUUGGACUUCUUUAUAUCAACGAAACAGAUUUUCGUAUCGAGCCCAUUCCUCUUCAAACUGUGCGGCCAUUUGUUAUGGAUACUGUGUCCUUGUCAAAAAACUGA